AUGGGAGUUUUCAGUAGAAGCCGCGUGGCUCCCACUUCCCAGGGCCCGAGAUCGAGUUGGCAUCAUCUUGCUGGGAACAGGCCCCGUUCAGUUGCGGUUUCCUUAGCGGCCCCUAACGAGGACGACGUCCGCCCGCAGUGUUUGCAGGGACGCCCUGGGUUAGUUGGACAGCGCGGCCCUCCCGCCCGCCCACGCGGGGCGGACCUCCCGCCCGCCCACGCGGGGCGGACCUCCCGCCCGGAUCUGCGCUUUAACAGAAUCCGGGAGAUCCAGCCCGGGGCAUUCAGGAGGCUGAGAAACUUGAAUACGUUGCUUCUCAACAACAAUCAAAUCAAGAGCAUACCCAGCGGAUCAUUUGAAGACUUGGAGAAUUUAAAAUAUCUCUAUUUGUACAAGAAUGAGAUCCAGUCAAUUGACAGGCAAGCGUUUAAGGGACUUGCCUCUCUAGAACAACUAUACCUGCACUUUAAUCAGAUAGAAACUUUGGACCCAGAGUCAUUCCAACAUUUGCCGAAGCUGGAAAGGCUAUUUUUACAUAACAACCGAAUCACACAUUUGGUUCCAGGAACAUUCAGUCACUUGGAAUCCAUGAAGAGACUGAGACUGGACUCCAACGCGCUGCACUGCGACUGUGAAAUCCUGUGGCUGGCGGAUUUGCUGAAAACCUACGCCAAGUCCGGCAACGCACAGGCGGCCGCCACCUGUGAAUACCCGCGACGUAUCCAGGGGCGCUCGGUGGCCACGAUCACCCCUGAAGAGCUGGACUGUGAAAGGCCCCGGAUCACAUCAGAGCCCCAGGACGCAGAUGUCACCUCGGGGAACACUGUGUUUUUCACAUGCAGAGCAGAAGGCAACCCCAAACCCGAGAUCAUCUGGCUGCGAAACAACAACGAGCUGAGCAUGAACACAGAUUCCCGCCUCAACUUGCUGGACGACGGAACCCUGAUGAUCCAAAACACACAGGAGACAGACCAGGGGAUUUACCAGUGCAUGGCGAAAAAUGCCGCCGGGCAGGUGAAAACACAAGAAGUCACCCUCAGGUACUUUGGGUCUCCAGCCCGACCCGCUUUUGUAAUCCAGCCACAGAACACGGAGGUGCUGGUCGGCGAGAGUGUCACCUUGGAGUGCAGCGCCACAGGCCACCCCGUGCCGCGGAUCACCUGGACCAAAGGGGACCGCACGCCCCUGCCUGAGGACCCUCGCGUGAGCAUCACCCCCUCUGGCGGCCUGUACAUUCAGAACGUCCAGCAGGACGACAGUGGGGAGUACGCGUGCUUCGCAUCCAACAGCCUGGACAGCAUCCACGCUGCGGCUCUGAUCAUCGUCCAGGCUCUUCCCCAGUUCACCGUGACCCCUGCGGACAGAGCUGUUAUCGAGGGCCAGACGGUCGAUUUCCAGUGUGAGGCCAAGGGCUACCCACAGCCGGUCAUAGCGUGGACCAAAGGAGGGAGCCAGCUGUCCGUGGACCGGCGACACCUCGUCCUCUCCUCGGGAACGCUCAGGAUCUCGGGUGUGGCGCUCCACGACCAGGGCCAGUACGAGUGCCAGGCUGUCAACAUCAUCGGCUCCCAGAGGGCUGUGGCCCACCUGACCGUGCAGCCCAGAGUUACCCCGGUGUUUGCCAGCACUCCGAGCGACAGGACGGUGGAGGUGGGCACCAACGUGCAGCUCCCCUGCAGUGCCCAGGGGGAGCCUGAGCCCGUCAUCACCUGGAACAAGGAUGGGGUUCAGGUGACGGAAAGCGGGAAGUUUCAUAUCAGCCCCGAGGGGUUCUUGACCAUCCACGACGUCGGGACCGCGGACGCAGGCCGCUACGAGUGUGUGGCCAGGAACACUAUCGGGCAGGCCUCCGUCAGCAUGGUGCUCAGCGUGAGCGUUCCUGACGUCAGCCGAAACGGGGACCCGUUUGUGGCCAAAUCGAUAGUUGAAGCAAUUGCGACUGUGGACAGAGCCAUAAACUCAACCCGCACGCACCUGUUUGACAGCCGUCCCCGUUCUCCCAACGACCUGCUGGCCUUGUUCCGGUACCCGAGGGACCCCUACACCGUGGAGCAGGCACGCGCGGGAGAGAUAUUUGAGCGGACGUUGCAGCUGAUUCAGGAGCACGUGCGGCACGGGCUGAUGGUCGACCUGAAUGGAACAAGUUACCACUACAACGACCUCGUGUCCCCCCAGUACCUGAGCCUCAUCGCCAACCUGUCCGGCUGCACGGCCCACCGGCGCGUGAACAACUGCUCGGACAUGUGCUUCCACCAGAAGUACCGCACGCACGACGGCACCUGCAACAAUCUGCAGCACCCCAUGUGGGGCGCCUCGCUGACCGCCUUCGAGCGCCUGCUGAAGGCCGUGUACGAGAACGGGUUCAACACCCCGCGGGGCAUCGACCCCGGCCGGCUGUACCAUGGCCACGCGCUGCCCGUGCCUCGCUUGGUGUCCACGUCCCUGAUUGGGACCGAGACCGUCACGCCCGACGAGCAGUUCACGCACAUGCUCAUGCAGUGGGGUCAGUUUCUGGACCACGACCUGGACUCCACGGUGGUGGCCCUGAGCCAGGCUCGCUUCUCCGACGGACAGCACUGCAGCUCUGUGUGCAGCAACGACCCCCCCUGCUUCUCGGUCGCCGUGCCCCCCAACGACCCCCGCGUCAGGAACGGGGCUCGCUGCAUGUUCUUCGUGCGUUCCAGCCCCGUGUGCGGCAGCGGGAUGACGUCCCUCCUCAUGAACUCCGUGUACCCGCGGGAGCAGAUCAACCAGCUCACCUCCUACAUCGACGCCUCCAACGUGUACGGGAGCACGGAGCAUGAGGCGCGCGCCAUCCGGGACCUGGCCAGCCACCGGGGGCUCCUGCGGCAGGGCAUCGUGCAGCGGUCGGGGAAGCCGCUGCUGCCCUUUGCCACCGGGCCGCCCACGGAGUGCAUGCGGGACGAGAACGAGAGCCCCAUCCCCUGCUUCCUGGCCGGGGACCAUCGCGCCAACGAGCAGCUGGGCCUGACCAGCAUGCACACGCUGUGGUUCCGGGAGCACAACCGCGUGGCCGCCGAGCUGCUCUCCCUGAACCCGCACUGGGACGGGGACACCAUCUACCACGAGGCGAGGAAGAUCGUGGGCGCGCAGGUGCAGCACAUCACCUACCAACACUGGCUGCCCAAGGUGCUGGGCGAGGUAGGCAUGAAGGCGCUGGGCGACUACCGCGGCUAUGACCCGGGCGUCAACGCCGGCAUCUUCAACGCCUUCGCCACGGCCGCCUUCAGGUUCGGCCACACGCUGGUCAACCCCGUGCUCUACCGGCUGGACGAGAACUUCGAGCCCAUCGUGCAGGGACACAUCCCCCUGCACAAAGCCUUCUUCUCUCCCUUCCGCAUCGUGAACGAGGGCGGCAUCGACCCGCUGCUCAGGGGCCUGUUCGGCGUGGCCGGGAAGAUGCGUGUUCCCUCGCAGCUGCUGAACACGGAGCUCACCGAGCGGCUCUUCUCCAUGGCCCACGCGGUGGCCCUGGACCUGGCCGCCAUCAACAUCCAGCGGGGCCGGGACCACGGCAUCCCGCCCUACCACGAAUACCGAGUGUACUGCAACCUGUCGUCCGCCCACACCUUUGAGGACCUGAAAAAUGAGAUCAAGAACCCCGAGAUCCGGGAGAAGCUGAGACGGUUAUACGGGUCCCCCCUCAACAUCGACUUAUUUCCUGCCCUCAUGGUAGAGGACUUGGUCCCUGGCAGCCGACUGGGACCGACCCUGAUGUGCCUGCUGAGUACACAGUUCAAGCGGCUGAGAGAUGGGGACAGGCUGUGGUACGAGAGCCCAGGGGUGUUCUCCCCGGCGCAGCUGACACAGAUCAAGCAGACGUCGCUGGCCAGGAUUCUGUGCGACAACGCGGACAACAUCACGCGUGUGCAGAGGGACGUGUUCAGGGUGGCCGAGUUCCCCCACGGCUACAGCAGCUGCGACGACAUUCCCCGCGUGGACCUGCGCGUGUGGCAGGACUGCUGCGAAGGUGCUCCUGGGGCAACUGAUGUGGUGCUCCCGGGGCUCCUGCCGUGGUGCUCCCGGGGCGUCUGGCAUGAUGCUCCCGGGGUGUCUGGGUUGGUGCUCCCGGGGCUCCUGCCGUGGUGCUCCCGGGGCUCCUGCCGAGGUGCUCCCGGGGCUCCUGCCGAGGUGCUCCCAGGGCGUCUGUGCAGGAUGUUUGACGAGAUCGCGCCCAUGUUUGCGGUGUUCGGGUGGCAGAGAAAUGCCUUCCGCUGUGCGAAAGUCGUCUCCGAAUUCAGUGAAGAGCAACCAUCAUACCUCGUGGUCUCUCUUUUCAAUUGA